AUGAGUAAUUACGGAACUCCAAUGGAGAUUGAUGUACCUGCUGGCUCAAAAGUAAGUGGUAGUGGCAAGGCUAAGGAGAAUAAGAAACGUUUUGAAGUAAAGAAGUGGAAUGCCGUGGCACUAUGGGCUUGGGGUAUAGAAUGUCAAGCGAAUCAAGCUUCUGCAACUAGCGAAGAGUGUACGGUGUAG